AUGUCGCUGCCCGGAUGCUCGAUAUCACAGCUGCAUGUUGGCGACGGUGCAGCUGCGCUUGUGACCUGCAUUGCCAUCGCAUUGAUAUGCGUUGCCGUGCACCGGCACUGGAACGAACUGUCAGACCAGAUGGUGCUAAUUGAGGUAGCAGGAUUGUGCCUGUGCCUGACUUGCAAUGCAUGGUUGAUUUGGGACGGCUGGUGGAAUGUGUGUAUUGCAGACCGGGACGAUCGAGUAUAUCUGGUGCUCUGGGUUCCGGGGAACGCCUUUGCUUCUUUUGGGUAUUUUUCUUUGGUCAAAGGCGAGUUGACGGAAAGCCAGCUGUGUGAGCGUCUCGGCAUAUGGCUCUUGCUGACAGGCUCUGUCUUGGACCAGUAUGCCGCCUGGAUGUACGAGGAGACGCUGGAGUCCGACAGUCCAUACCAGUUGGUACAAGGGCUGCUGGGCCCGGAGCACGGAACCACCUUCAGUGCUUUGCUCGAGGUUUGGGGUAUGAUUCUUCUAAGUCUUGUAUGUGCUGUGCAGCUUGAACGAUUUCACACGGAGCAGACUGCAUACGUUAUGCUGAUACUGAGUGCCUCCUGGGCAGUGUUCCGGCGGGAUGCGGAAUCUGUCGUAGGGGUUGCCGCCGAAGCUUUCGAAAUAUUAGGUUUGUGUUGUUUUCUCUAUGUCCACUAUUCACUAUCAGCGGCGCGAAAUCCUUGUCGAUCAUGCAUCAUGACCUUUGCUUGGACAAUUGGCAGCACGGCUGUAUUGUUUCUGGCUACCAUUGUCUUGUACGUCUGUACAUGUGGAGUGGGUGUUACACUCAUUGCAGCUUACUUCUGGAUUUGGUACGCCGGCUAUUUUUCUGUGAUGCUGUGCAAAUAUUACAACGAAGCUUUGUCGCCUGGAGGUUCAUGUCUACCCGAGACAGACAGUGAAACAGAGAGAGACGACAGCAGCUCCGCCACACACUCGCACUCGAUCGAUACUUUUGAAGACAGCAUGCGCCAAUACCCACGCGGAAGCUUGCCGCAUCCUUAUAUGCGGUUUGCGUAUUCUACGUCUUCUACGUUUUCGGCAUGA